AUGCCUCUACGCGCCAAGGUCAUCAAUCCUGCCUUCCAGGCAACUUCCUCGAUGUCGACUUCAGCAAACGCCAUCAAAGAGCUCCCCGGAGACGAAGCCGAUGACGUCCUGUUCAACUCGAUUUACGGUCUUCGCAGCAUUGAGCUCAAUCGACCCAAGAAGCUCAACUCCCUCAAUGGCUCCAUGGUCCGAAAGAUUCUCCCUCGUCUGCAGGAAUGGGAAAAAUCUCAUUUGGCAAACAUUGUUCUCAUCUCCGGCGCUGGUCCCAAAGCGCUUUGCGCAGGAGGUGACGUCGCAGCAUUGGCACUACAGAACGAGAAGGGAACCGAGGGACAGAAAGCAUCCACCGAUUUCUUUGGACUCGAAUACCGCCUCGACCACUUGAUCGCUACAUACUCGAAGCCCGUCAUUUCUUUCAUGGACGGCAUCACCAUGGGCGGCGGCGUCGGUCUCAGCAUGCACGCUCCUUUCCGAAUUGCGACUGAGAGAACCCUCUUCGCUAUGCCCGAGACAACUAUUGGUUUCUUCCCUGAUGUGGGUGGCUCCUUCUUCUUGCCGCGGUUGGACGGCGAGACCGGUACCUACCUGGCUCUGACUUCGGCGCGCCUGAACGGUGUGCAGGCUUUGAAUGCUGGUAUCGCCACUCACUACCUCCACUCCAGCGUUCUUGGCAGUGUCACCCAGCGUCUUUCUGAGCUGGUUUUCCCUGACAACGUUGCUCUCCCUGAGCGGUUAGACGCCGUCAACAAGACCAUGGCUGAAUUCUCGGUUGGGAUUCCUUCGGAUGAGGCCCAGGUCCUUGGUGGCCAAAACCGCCGCUCUAUCGAGCGCUGCUUCGGAUUCAACACGAUUGAGGAGAUUUUCCAGGCAGUGGAGAAGGAGAAGGAGACCAAUGAGAAGUGGGCACAGGAGACCCUAGACACCCUUUCGACACGCUCCCCAACCUCUCUCAAGGUGACAUUGCGUCAAAUGCGCCUUGGUAAGGAAUGGGACAUCGCGGAGACCUUCAAGCGUGAGCACCAGAUCGCCGCCAACUUCAUGCGCCACCCCGAUUUCGUGGAAGGCGUGAAGGCACGUUUAAUGUCUAAGCCUGCUCGCCAGGCCGAGUGGCAGCCGGCUACUCUGGAGGAGGUUUCGCAAGAAACCGUUGAUAGUUUCUUCGCAAUUCCCGAAGGCGAGGCACCCUUGGAGCUGCUGAACAACAAAAAGUACCAGAAUUACCCCCAUAAGCGCUUUACUCUCCCCACCGAACAAGAUAUUGAACAGGUUGUGCGGAGCCAACGCAUGUCCAAGACAAAGACUGUAAAGCACUUUGUUGAGCGAUGGAACCAGAAGGAGGGUGUGGCUGAGAAGGUAUACAGUGUGCUGGCUGAGCGGACUCAGGACGGUGAAAAUGGCUUGACAUGGGUAUAA